AUGGCGGACGAGGUAGCAGGCAAGGCGCAAGUCUCCUCGGAACUUCAACUGGCCAGUGAUCUUGCGGACAAAGCACUGGACAAUUCAUCCAACACCAAAGAAGCGGCCGACUCACUUAGGAACGGAGCUCCUGAAGAUGACGAGGUAGAGGCGGAUGGCGAGGAGGAAGACGAGGAUGAUGAGCAGGCGGCAGAGGGAGGUGCAGAAGUCGGAGCAGAUGGUAUUGCCAAGCCCAAAAAGAAGAAGAAGUCGAAGAAGAAGAAGAAAAAGAAGGCAGUAGGCGAUUCAGAUGCGAAAGCGGCAAGCACCGGGACAAUGCAGAAGCCCGUAGCUGUCAACGACAUCCCAGCAUUAUUACAGCAAUUGGCAUUGUCGCAGCCGAAGAAGGAAGGCAAGGCACCAGAAGACUACAAGUUCUGGAACACACAGCCUGUACCCAAAUUCAAGGAGCCGAAUCUGCUUCAGACCACCAAUGGAUCUAGCGGUGAAGCUUUACCCGAAGGUGCUAUCCUGCCAGACGAAGUGUGUCGCAAAGCUGCCAAGCCAGAACCCGAACAACUUCUCGGUGGCUUCGAGUGGUGUCUGGUAGAUCUUGAAGACGAGGCCGAGCUGCAAGAGCUGUACGAGAUCCUCUACAACCAUUAUGUGGAGGACACGGACGGCAAUUUCCGCUUCGACUACAGCAAGAAAUUCCUAGCAUGGGCUUUGAAACCACCAGGAUGGAAGAAGGACUGGCAUAUUGGUGUCCGCACCGCAUCAACCGAAGAUGGCAAAAAAGGCAAGCUUGUGGCCUUCAUCGCCGGCACACCCGCCACCCUUAAAGUCCGCUCCAACACCAUCAAGAUCGUCGAAAUCAACUUCCUAACCAUCCACCACAAACUCCGCUCAGAGCGACUAGCACCCGUCCUGAUCAAAGAAGUCACCCGCCGCUGUUAUCUGAACGGAAUCUACCAAGCCCUCUACACAGCCGGGACUCUCCUCCCCACACCCGUAACCACAUCCCGCUACUACCACCGCAGUCUAGACUGGCAGCAUCUCUACAAGAACGGUUUCAGCCACUUGCCUCAAGGCGGCUCGGAGAUCAGACAGAAGUACAAGUAUCGACUUGACUCACAAACGACGACUAAGGGUCUCCGGCCGAUGAAGAAGAGCGAUCUACCUGCCGUCAAGGACCUCCUAGCACGAUAUCUCGAACGCUUUUCCAUCCGGCAAUCGUUUGACGAAGCAGAGCUGGAGCACUGGCUCUGCUCGGACGCGAGUAAAGAUGUAGUAUGGGCAUUUGUCGUGGAGCAGGACGGCAAGAUCACGGACUUCAUGUCAUACUACGUGCUCGAGUCCACCGUCCUAAAACAGGCCUCCACCAUCCGCGCCGCCUACCUCUACUACUACGCCUCGGAAUCCGCCUUCGCCACCCCCGGCCAACCCAAACCCAAAGCCGCAGUCCUGCAAUCACAACUCCAAACUCGACUCCAAACCCUAAUGCACGAUAUCCUCAUCCUGGCCAAAAAGGAUAAUUUCCACGUCUUCAAUGCUCUCACGAUCCUGGAUAACCCGUUAUUUCUGGGCGAGAAUAAGUUUGAGCCUGGGGAUGGGAAGUUGCAUUUCUAUUUGUUUAAUUGGAGAACGGCGGUUGUGCAGGGUGGGGUUAAUGAUAGGUUUGUUGUUGACGAGGGGAAGAUGGGUGGGGUUGGGGUUGUUAUGUUGUAA